GUUAUAGAACAAUCGAUCGCAAUUUUUCCCUCGAGUUAUUCAGAACCCCAUUUCUUUCUCCGGAUUAUAUUUGUUAACUUAUUAAAAUGUGGCUAGAUCAAGUGAAUGAGAUUUCAGAAAUAUUUCGCUAUUCUCUUCCGUACUACAUUGCUGUGCUCCUACCUAUUCUGAUAAUUCUUUCACCAGCGGAUGCAGCAACAGAGUUCCCUGUUUACCGGCUUCAGCAUUUUGACCUACAAGGAGUAAAGUAUGGCUCAAGAAGUUCAACCCUCAACUUUGAAGCUCGAUCUAUAGACACUAGACUUCCUGCUAGAAAAUGUGUAAUUCUAAUGAUAAACGAAUUCAGCCCCAGUAGAUUCAGGGAACUUAUAAAUGAAGGUGUUGGUGCAUUGUUAAUAAUAAUUCCUUCAGACCUAGAAUCAUUAUCGAAUGAUGUGAGAGAGAACAUACUGGACAUGGAGAAGUUUCUUCUUAGUCAAGAAAUUGCAAUUCCUGUCUAUUUUACCCAUCACUCUCAUCAAAUUGAGGAAAUGUAUGCAAGUGUCAGGGAAAGCACCAGCAAAGACAGUGCUUCUUCUGCAGCCCAGGCCCUUUUUGGAGCAAUAUCUGCAAAUGGAUACCAGCUUGCUGUCAAUGGAAACUCAGCAAAACUAUUGACAGAUGUGCAGAUCACUAACAUCCAGGGAAAACUGCCAGGUUUUGGAAUAGAAGAUCAAUUGCCAACAUUAGCUGUUGUGGCUCACUAUGACUCAUUUGGAGUGGCACCUGACUUAUCAUUUGGGGGCGAUUCAAAUGCUUCUGGUGUCGCGGCCCUACUCGAGCUAGUUCGAUUGUUUUCGCGCCUGAGUUCACAACCUGGACAGAAUGGUCUACCGCGUUUCAAUUUAGUGUUUAUCCUUACAGGAGGCGGAAAACUGAAUUACCUUGGUUCUAAAAAGUUUUUGGAAGAUCAAAUCGAUGGCAUAGAUGGCGGCCUUCUCCAAGACACCGUCUUUGCCCUAUGUCUGGACUCGCUCGGGAAUGGCGAAGAAUUAAAUAUUCAUGUUUCAAAACCGCCAAAGGAUGGGAGUAACAGCGGAGUAUUCAUUGAAAAUCUGAAAAAAAAUGCAGCUUCCGUUGAAUUACCUGUUAACAUGAUGCACAAGAAAAUCAAUUUAGCCGAUGAUUUUCUCGCCUGGGAACAUGAGAGAUACUCCAUACGACGACUUACAGCAAUGACCGCUUCCCAUUUCAAGAUGGCGAGGUCUGACUUCCAGCAUGGCACCAUUCUCGAUACAAAAUCAUCCGUUAAUGUCUCCAUUCUAGGACGUAAUGUUCGACUAUUAGCAGAAACUCUAGCAACACAGCUAUAUAACAUCAGUGGACCGUUUUUUGUCGGAGACAUGGCUGUUUCGGAGGAAAUGUUGGAUGUUUGGAUUACCUUACUUACUACGCAAUCACGAAGUUCUUCGUCACUUAGUGGAAGUAACGCUAACACAGUAGUCAAUAUGCUUCAACAAACUAUGCAGCGCUACUUAAGCGAAGUGAAGGCUUCCCAUUUGACGGCAGACAAACGAGAUCCCGAAUUCGGAUUCUACGAUCAAACUAAAGGAAUAAUGACAGCCUACAGUGUGAAACCGGCAAUCUUCGAUCUUUUUCUCACAGCUACAAUUGUUGCAUACUUGGCGGUGGUUUACUUUGGCGUCCAGACAUUCCAUCAGCUAUAUGCUAUUCUCAAUACGAAUCGAUCAGCAAAAAGCAAAUCUUCUUAGGCAAUGUAGGAUCAUUAACAAAUAGUUUUUAGCCACUACCUGUCCUCCUCCUAGUCUGCCAUACAGAAGGAAAAGGAAAAAUAAAAGUAUGUUUGAUUGCAAA